AUGGGUAUUGGGGAACACUGUGUCCCCCAGUAUCUCCAAGCACGAAUGAUAGAGCAUAUGGCUGCAGGCCCGACACCGGGAGAAGCAGCCAGAAUUGUGGCCAUGCAGAAAAAGACCACCAAGAAAACAACCACCAAGACCGUGACCGCAAAGGGUAAGAAAGCUACAAAGCACGCAGCCCCAGAAACGGCUCCCGAGCCAGCUACCGAGCCAGUUCACGCGCCAGUUCGCGAACUGGAGGCCAUGAUAACUAUUGAACAACCAGCUACACCACCACCAAUCCAGGCGACGUCUCCAAUAAUCAACCCAGCGCAACUAAGCAACCUUAGCCCAAUCCCGUCAACGGCGCCAGCCACGUUAACAGCCCCAAAAUCACUGCGUUCACGGGGCUUGAAUCAGCCAGUGGAUAUGCGCAAUGACCCGGAACAGCCUCUCCGAGAGCAACGCCGCCGUGAACGGUCCCGAUCUCAAUCGUAUGAUAACACGCCAUUACCGCCGUUACCGCCGUUACCCCAGAUGAACGUGAAUAUCGACGAUGACCACUGCGUUAUUCUAGAUAGCGUAUCAAGCUUCCAGGAGAUUGACAGCGGAGAGCUCAAUUCAGAUGCCCGCCGGGAUAUUCUAUUUAGAUUCACCAACCACCACAUCUACUAUCCGCAGAAUUCGCUAAUCCAUGAGGAAGCGGAAGAGACCGCACAAAUCAGCACAAUCACGCGAUCAAGCCCGGACGCGCUCUUAUGA